CCGGGCCCAGGGCGCGAGUUAAGCGGCCGCCCCCGGCGUCUGCAGAGCGCGGAGAGUCGCGGUGGCCGGCGGAACGCGAGCGCUCGGAAGGCGGCCCCCACGGGCGGCGGGAUAUGAGGUGCCUGACAUAAGCUGCAGUGAGUUGCUUUCGCCAGAGUCCAGCAGCAAAGUGGGAGAAGAUGAAGAGCAAUCCUGCCAUCCAAGCUGCCAUCGACCUCACUGCGGGUGCUGCAGGGGGCACGGCCUGCGUCCUGACUGGACAGCCCUUUGAUACAAUGAAGGUGAAGAUGCAGACAUUCCCCAACCUGUACCGUGGCCUCACUGACUGCUGCCUCAAGACCUACACCCAGGUGGGCUUCCGUGGCUUCUACAAGGGGACCAGUCCUGCGCUCAUCGCCAACAUCGCGGAGAACUCUGUCCUCUUCAUGUGCUACGGCUUCUGCCAGCAGGUGGUGCGCAAACUCAUCGGGCUGGACCAGCAGGCCAAGCUGAGUGAUUUGCAGAACGCAGCUGCUGGCUCCUUUGCUUCUGCAUUUUUGCUUCUUGUGCUCUGCCCAACAGAGCUGGUGAAGUGCCGGCUGCAGACCAUGUUUGAGAUGGAGUCGCGUGGCAAGAUAGCUGCAGGCCAGAAUACAGUCUGGUCUGUUGUGAAGGGGCAUCCUUGCAAGGAUUGUCCCUUGGGCUUCUACCAUGGACUCUCAAGCACGCUACUUCGAGAAGUUCCUGGCUAUUUCUUCUUCUUUGGUGGUUAUGAGCUGAGCCGUUCUUUCUUUGCAGCAGGUAGACCAAAGGAUGAGCUAGGCCCUGUGCCCUUGAUGCUGGGUGGUGGAGUGGGUGGAAUCAGCCUCUGGCUUGCUGUGUAUCCCGUGGAUUGUAUCAAGUCCAGAAUUCAAGUUCUCUCCAUGUCUGGGAAACAGGGCUUUGUCGGAACCUUUAUAAGUGUUUUGAGGAAUGAAGGAAUAACAGCGUUAUAUUCUGGACUGAAACCUACCAUGAUUUCGCUGGCAUGCCCUGCCAAUGGCGCUCUGUUCCUGGCCUAUGAAUACAGUCGGAAGUUGAUGAUGAGCCAGUUUUGAAGCAUCCUGAAGUGUUCGUGCCAUUUUUGAUCCAAGUACAGAUGUUUGAUCUCAGGGCUUCAUGAAGUACAAGUCCAAUAUUGAAUAAUUUUGAUUUCAUAGGAAAUAUUUUUUUUACCUUUCUUCCACCCUAAAUCAUAGACUUUAUGGGAGGACCUCUACUUGAUAAAUAUAAUUUGUGCCCAUAAUUGUGUGGCAGUAGAGAAAAUUGGCUGUUCUUGGCCUUGCAGGGAUAAAACAGGCUGACCACUGGCCCUCUUGAACCUAACCUGAAUCUAUAUCUGUGUCAGGACUUUUGUUUAAACUUAUGCUUG